AUGUCCGGCCCCUACGACCAGUACAACCAAGGCUACCAGCAGCACCAGUACCCGCCCCAGGGCCAGUACCCACCCCAGGGCCAGGGCUGGGAGCAGCAACAGCAGCACCAGCAGCAGCAGGGCUAUCCGCCACAGCACCAGAACCAGGGCUACUACGACGGCCAGCAGCAGGGCUACAACCAGCAGUACGGCGCGCCCGCUCACGGUGGCUUUCAGCACGGCCAGCAAGCGGCGCCUUACGACCAGCAGCAGGGAUACGCGCAGCAGCAGCAGCAGCAGCAGUACCCGCCCCAAGGACAGUACCCUGGUGCGCAGCCGUCGCACCAGUUCCCACAGCAAGGCGCGUACCCCCAGGACCAGUAUCCGCAGGGCCACGCCGCGCCUGGCCACCAGCAGCCCGGCCAGUUUGGUGCCACGGACCCUAAUGCGCAGGCAGAGGGCGACCGUGGACUCAUGGGCGCGCUCGGCGGCGGUGCAGCCGGCUACUUUGGCGGCAACAAGCUCGGCGGUCACGGCAUUCUAGGCGCCAUUGCAGGCUCCAUUCUCGGCAGCAAGCUCGAAGACAAGGCCAAGAAGGACAAGCACCACGGCAACGGCUGGAACUAG